GCCGUUGUGCACCCAGCGAGCGGCUGCCGGAGGUGAGAGAGACGCCCUGAGGCGCGGCCCGGCCCGGCCGACCCGGACCCGGAGCCGGCGCCGUCCCCGAUGCUCGGCGCCGGGGCGGGCGCGGCGGACGUCGGCCGGAAGCAGGCGGCUGGGGGCGGCGAGGGCCCGGGCCGGUGACGGCGGCGAUGUCGACGGGCCUCCGGGGCGCCGGGCUCCCGAGCUGGAAGCGCCACAUCGCGGAGGAGCUGCGGCGGCGGGACCGGCUCCAGAGGCAGGCCUUCGAGGAGAUCAUCGCGCAGUAUAAUAAGUUGCUGGAGAAGUCAGAUCUUCAGUCGGUGUUGGCUGACAAGCUACAAACAGAAAAAUAUGACUUGCAAAGCAGGCACGAGAUCAGUCCAGGACACGAUGGCAUGUGGAAUGAUGCUCAGCUACAAGAAAUGGCCCAGCUGAGGAUUAAACAUCAAGAAGAAUUAACUGAAUUACAUAAAAAACGUGGGGAGUUAGCUCAGUCGGUAAUCGACCUGAAUAACCAGAUGCAGCAGAAGGACCGGGAGAUGCAGAUGAAUGAAGCAAAAAUUGCUGAAUGUUUGCAGAAAAUCAGUGAGCUGGAAACUGAGUGCCAAGAACUUCGAAAUAAACUUCAGGAUCUCGAAAGAGCCAACCAGACACUAAAGGAUGAAUAUGAUGCCCUGCAGAUCACCUUUACUGCCUUAGAAGAGAAACUGAGGAAGACCACUGAGGACAACCAAGAGCUGGUCACUCGCUGGAUGGCCGAGAAAGCCCAGGAGGCCAAUCGUCUCAACGCAGAAAAUGAGAAGGACUCCCGGCGCCGCCAGGCCCGGCUGCAGAAGGAGCUCGCAGAAGCCGCCAAGGAACCGUUGCCUGUAGAACCGGAUGAUGACAUAGAAGUGCUUGUGGAUGAAGCGUCAGACGCAGCUGAGGAGACAUCGCCUGUUCGAGCAGUCAGCCGGACGGCCACUAAGCGACUCUCCCAGCCUGCUGGAGGCCUUCUGGACUCUAUCACUAAUAUCUUUGGUCUGUCCGAGUCUCCCCUUUUGGGACACCACCCUUCUUCUGAUGCUGCCAGGAGGCGUUCUGUCUCCUCCUUUCCUGUUCCUCAGGAUAACCCAGAUGUUCAUCCUAGUUCUAGUAAAGAAGUGCGGGUCCCCACAACUGCCGUUUAUAUCUUCGACGCUCAUGAUGGAGAAGUGAACGCUGUGCAGUUCAGCCCUGGCUCCAGGCUACUCGCCACAGGAGGCAUGGAUCGGAGGGUUAAACUUUGGGAAGUGUUUGGAGAUAAAUGUGAGGCGAAAGGCUCCCUUUCUGGCAGUAAUGCGGGAAUCACCAGCAUUGAAUUUGACAGUGCUGGAUCUUAUCUCUUGGCAGCUUCAAAUGAUUUCGCCAGCAGGAUCUGGACUGUAGAUGAUAACCGAUUACGGCACACACUCACGGGGCACAGUGGGAAAGUCCUGUCUGCCAAGUUCCUGCUGGACAACGCACGGAUUGUUUCGGGAAGUCAUGACCGGACCCUCAAGCUCUGGGACCUGCGCAGCAAAGUCUGUAUAAAAACAGUGUUUGCUGGAUCCAGUUGCAAUGAUAUCGUCUGCACAGAACAGUGUGUGAUGAGUGGACAUUUUGACAAGAAGAUCCGUUUCUGGGACAUACGAUCCGAAAGCAUCAUCCGGGAGUUGGAACUCUUGGGGAAGAUCACAGCCCUCGAUUUGAACCCAGAGAGAACAGACCUCUUAACCUGCUCCCGAGACGAUCUCCUCAAAAUUAUUGACCUACGAGUUAAUGCCGUCAAACAGACCUUCAGUGCUCCGGGAUUCAAGUGUGGGUCUGAUUGGACCCGAGUUGUAUUCAGCCCUGACGGCAGCUACAUAGCGGCUGGCUCAGCAGAGGGGUCUCUUUACAUCUGGAGCGUGCUCACGGGCAAAGUGGACAAGGUCCUUUCGAAGCAGCACAGUUCUUCCAUUAAUGCAGUGGCAUGGUCACCUUCUGGCACUCACGUGGUCAGCGUGGACAAAGGAAACAAAGCUAUUUUGUGGUCUGAAUAUUGACUGGGUGGCAUAUGACAAACAAACUCUCAGGUGCUGUCAGUGAAGGGCUGCUGACCCAGAACAGAAGGAUGGAGGAAGGCUCGUCCUAGAGCUGGCCUUCCAUAGGGGUUAUUGCCAAAGGCACCGCUUUGACUUACCCGAGAAGAGUUCUGGUGAUGCAGCAGCUGUUAUUCCUUGGACAGCAUAUCAGAGGCCUCGAAGAUUAAUGCUGAGAACAUAAUCGACACUGCAGGCUUUUCACAGGGAUCCAUUUCCUGCCUUUGGUCUGACUGAAGAACACCACUGGCUUUGACUUCCCAUACCUCAGGGGAUGGAGCACACAGCACCAGCUUGGGACCCCCAUGGACAGCAGUGCCAAGUAUCCCAAAUAUCCGUGUUCAUUCUCCUUUAGCACUUCCCCCCACCCUUAGAAAGUUAGGAAUUCUUCUCGGUUCUGGUCUAACCCAAGUCCCAGUAUCUUUUGGGUCCAACAAGUCAGCAAAUUGACUCAGGCAUUGGGUUAAGAGACACGUGCAGUAUGGAAUGGGUGGGUCCUGGUGGGUCUUUGUCGCGGUGGAGCCGCUGUGAGUGAGUCUGGCGGUCUGUGUCCUUUGUUUACAUGUCUCUCAUUCUGAUCUCUAGCCUCCCUUCCCAAAAUUCACCAUUCUGCUUAAGCUGCUGCUCGUGGGAGAAGCUUCAGAUUGGACAUAGCACGAAGCUCUGAAGGAGGGAGGGGGCGUGCUCGUCAUUCCCCCAUCCGCUCUCUGUCCCACAUGUGCUCCUCUUAAGUUCUCAGUAGCUUGCAAGAGGCUGGAGCCUUGAAUGUAUGAUUACUCUGGGACUUGGCCCUUUCCAGUGACCUGUCCCCUUCACCAAGCACACGUGUGAUACCUCUUUGGUGCUUGACAGAAGACACCUGAGGAAGCCAAGACACUUCUCCAUCCUCUCCUCAGAGCCUGUGAUGAGGCAGAGCAGAUUCGGUGGAUACUGUUGACUCAACGUUUAUCCAAACUUUACCCCUUUAUCCCUGUGUAUAAAAAUUUCAAUUAUGUCAGACGGGCUUCUAAGCCGCCUGCCAUCGUCACUGUCUAAUUUGCACUUUAUUUUGCUUCCUUCCUAAACCACUUCCGUCUGCAGUUUGGGAAGCAUCUUAGAACCAGGCUAAAGGCCUUGGGUUUCGGUUGCCUCUUCUGCAAGGUGGGGGCGUUGGACUCUGCGACCUCUGAGGUCCUUCUGGCUCUAAAUCUCCAGUCCUCAGCCAAGGGAUACUCUCAACAUUCUUGUUCUCGGCCCCCCUCACACUACUCUGAUCCCAAUUCUUGAUUCGGGCGACCUCUCUGGAAAGGAGUCAGAUGAAAUAGACAGACCUGGACACCUCUUUUAUUUAUUUUAUUAUACUGCCCAGGUGAACUUGGCUGUAAAUAAAGAAAUUCUGCUUUAAA